UGCCUUUCACGAAACGCUUUUGCACCGUGACAUCGUGAAUCCCUUUUUAGGUUGGGGCCGACACCAUCGGGUCGUCGGUUUUCAGUAGUCCAGCAGCGUUUGUGACUCGCGCUAACACGCUCGUCGCGUUGUCCGGCCUGGUCAGCGAGCGGUGGAUAAUCUUUUUUUGCCUUCCGGGGUAGUUGAGGGUUGUGGGCUGUUGCGGGGUGUGUAUGUGCGUGUGUAUGCAUUCGUGACCACGCGCGCCUGUGUGUGUGUUUGUGCGCGUGUAUGUGUGUGAGCGCGCGUUUGUAUGUGCAUCUCUUUGCGAAGGAGAGAGAAAGAUAAUAACAAAAGGCGAAAGUGGAAAAAAGGAAAAUCGAGGAAAAUCGAGGAAAAUCCGCACUACCAACUGGAGCCCCAUAGGGUUAAAGGUAAAGCGAGGAUAAAGAGCAACCAUCAUCACCACCAUCCGCAGUAGCACCAUUACGUUUCCGCCCACCGUCAGCUAACCAUCCAAGAGUUGCGAUGGCCAUCGGUAUGGCAGGACGGCGGCACACCCGGCGUGGUCGCUAUUGGCACAUGGGCAUCGUAUUCCUGGUGUAUUCCAGCUUCCACGCGUACUCGGCCUCGAUCGGCGGUGGUAGUGAAGAGAAGGGAGGUUACGAUCUGGGCAAUCUCGAUUUGUCCAACAUAACGCCGAAUCCGGCCUUCUUCGCUACCUCCGCAUCAUCCUCGGGGGAAACAUCCGGAGAAAGUGAUACGACCGCACCAGAUGAAGCAGGUCCGACGGAGGAAACGAAACCGGCACCCGGUCGGGCACACCACGGCCAUCCAACGUGGAGACCGAAGCGCGAAAACUGUACACCACCGGCGAUCGAGCAGUUCCCGCAACCACUGAUGGGACCGAACGUGAGGAAACAUGGCGGUCUGAUCAUACACGUGCUGGUGGCCAUUUUUACCUUCCUCGGGCUGGCAAUCGUGUGUGACGAUUACUUUGUGUCGAGUCUGGACAGAAUAUGCGAAGAAUUAAAACUCUCCCCUGAUGUUGCGGGAGCUACGUUUAUGGCUGCUGGAAGCUCUGCACCCGAGUUGGCAACCGUCAUUAUUGGGGUAUUCUUCGCCAAAGAUGACAUCGGCAUCAGUGGUGUGAUUGGAUCUGCCGUUUUCAACAUCAUGUUCGUGAUAUCAGUCUGUGCACUCUGUUCCGGCACCGUUCUCCAACUAAACUGGUGGCCGCUGGUACGAGAUUGUGCGUUCUACACCAUUUCCAUACUCGUGAUGUUAAUCGUUAUCUUCAACGAUGUUAUCUCGUGGAUCGAGUCAUUGAUCAUGCUGCUCUUCUAUGUCGUAUACUGUGUCGCACUGCACUUUAACACCCCGCUUGAGAAAUGGGCCCACUCCUGGAACUUGCCCAUCAAGCUACCAACGAAGGAGGAACAGUCGGCCCUGGUCACCUACAAGAAUCUACCCGAAACGACCUACACACAGGGUCAGCAGCCAGGGCAAGAGCAACCAGCGCAACAGCAACCACCACCCGAUCAACCGCCGGCCGUCGAUCAGGGCUACGCAGCGUACAUGGAUCCUAAUGCUAGCUGGGAUCCUAAUGCGGCUUGGGGUGAACCAACGCCUGCAGUGACAAACUCGGCUGUAGCAAACGUUAACGACGCGUGGAAUAGUGGCAGCGGUCAGCAGAAUUACGCCUACGAAGAUCAAUACGGGCAGGAGAGUCAGAAGCCGCCGCAGCAGCAGCAGCAACAGCAGGUCGUUCAGCAAACUGCCGUACCGGCACCUGCACCAGGUGAAGAUUACUACAAACCAAAGGAACCACGGCCACAAGAUUCGCACAACCCGCUCGAGAAACCCGUCGACGGAGGCAUACUGGCGCAGGUGUCGUGGGCGAUCGUGUACCCGAUCCACUAUACCGCACGGCUAACCAUGCCGGACUGUAAAACGGAGAAGUAUAAAAAUUGGUAUCCCUUCACCUUCCUCAUCUCGAUGAUCUGGAUCUCGUUCUACUCGUACUUCAUGGUGUGGAUGAUAACGAUCAUCGGUUCGACCCUCGGCAUCCCUGAUACCGUCAUGGGACUAACGUUCGUGGCAGCGGGUGUAUCCGUCCCGGAUGCGCUUAGUUCCAUUGCGGUGAUCAAGGAGGGGUACGGCGACAUGGCUGUCUCCAACGCCGUUGGGUCGAACGUGUUCGAUAUACUCAUCUGCCUCGGACUGCCGUGGUUCAUCCAGACUGCGAUCAUCAAGCCGGGCUCGCACGUUAACGUCAUUUCCAAGGGGCUCACCUACUCGACGCUUUCGUUGCUCUCGACGGUACUGUUUUUGCUGUUCGCGACGCAUCUCAACGGCUGGAAGCUGGACAAGCGUCUCGGCAUCGUGCUGAUGUUCUGGUACCUGCUCUUCAUCACCGUCGCUUCCCUGUACGAGCUGAACUUCUUCGGUCAGCUCAAUCCUCCCGAGUGUCCGAGUGUCUACUAAAGCGGGUACCAGUUACAUCCAAAAAACCUCCAUCGCAUAUGUCCCUCUUUAUCUUCCGCUUGUGUAUUUCUUCCGUAAAGAGCAGCGACGCAUCGCAACACACGAACCACGGCAGCAAUAACUGUUACCAUUUCCAAACACAUCCUUAACCGUUAUUCGAUGCACCAUUCUUCCAUUUACCCCGCUUAAUACGUUAGCGUUAUUCGAUCGUUAGCGAUCGUUACACCCAUUUUGUUUUUCUUCAUUUCUUAACACUUCACGGAAAUGUUCAAAAUAUCGAAUGUCUUCGGUUUAGCUUUAGAAAAGACACACACACACAUCCUUAGUGACUGUGUACCGAAACUUUUAGUACACCCCCGGGGGGAAGUUGCUUGCCUUCUUUUCUGUUUUUGUUAACCGUUAUGAUAGCAAACUAGCUGAACAACCACAGAGAAAGGUUUAGCAUACAAUGUAAAAAUUAGCCUUGCUUUAGAUUUUACCCACACACACACACACAAACCGUUAAACCGUUCGUUUGCUUGAUCUCGUUUACUAACCAUCAUCACCACUAAUGUAGCCGAAAGUUUUGCACCAACGCGCAUAGUGAAACAAGUGUUAAGAUUUUUGUUUUCAUUUCACAUUAACGCUACAACAAUUGCGCAAACGAAAGUCUUCUGCAAAACAACAAAAAACGCAUCAUUUCAACACAAGGUUAAGCACUAGGACCAAACAUAAAAUGACAAAUAUUGAACAACAUACGUUCCAAGCUAAUUAUCAUACUUCACGUAUUUCACAUCACAUGCGUUUAUCAAAAUUGUGAUCAGCAGCAUUGGUUGCCAUUGUUGUUUACGUUUGCGCAAUACCGUAUCCCAUCGAUCGUUUCCCUAAGACGAAAUUGUGCAUUCCAUCAGUCGCAUACACAUUUGCAUAACACUAAAUAAAUUUAACAACAAAAAAACACUAGUAUUACUGGCACCCGCGCGCUCGUGUGUGUGUGUGCGCGCGCACGAGAAGAAAAAGAGAGAAAAGGAAGAUGUGUCGUGUUAGGUGUAAAUACACUAAAUUCCCUCGCCAUUAACAAAUGCGAUCAAAUGUAAAGAACACAACAACAACAAAAAAACAAAAGAACUAAUAAGCAAACAAAGGUAUUGUAAAAUUAGCAAGCAUCAAGCUCUGUAUAAACACGGCAUCAUAGCAAUCUAGGUGCGUGCUAAAUUAAAGAAACAAGAAAAAAUCAACAAACUCGAAACCUACACCUAGCUAUGUCUAUUCUCAAAUUGUGUGUCCUUGUUCCGUUGAUUUUGUUGCUAGAACUGCAGUCGUGUACCAUCAUCAUCUGCUAAUGCGUACAGAUGCUUUAACUAAGCUGCGCCUUCCUCAUCCUAUACAUUAUGUGAGGUACAUCACUAUUUAACGGUCCUACUCCCUAUGAACGAAUAAGUAUUAGAGACAAUAUAUACAUACUACAUAUAUUUAUCAUAACAAAACGAUAAGGGCAAACGAAGCGCAAUGCAAAGCUAGAGAGAAACAAUGGAGAAGCAAAAACAAAGUAAACACACACACACACACAUGUGCAUCCCACUGUUACUGUUCUUCGUUAGGCGCGUAGCCAUCUGUUGGCCAGUUUUAGUGCAAUGCAAUUUCCUCCGACACACCGCUCGUGGGCUAGUAGAUUUCAGCUAAACGUACUAACACGCCUGUAUUCGAACGGCUGGGAAAUUCCGGUCUCAAUGGACACUGAUGGCAUGGCAGACGACUGGCGACGUUUAUGCGACGAUAACGUUAUUUACAUAUUAAUUCAUAUAUACAUAUAUUAGGAUAAACAAUCGCUGUCGCAGAAACGAACCGGUUAUAGUACACACAUACCUUACUCCUGAUCUGUCCUUCGCGUACUUCCAGGUAUAUUUAUUACAACGUGAGCCAAUUAACUUCUUUUGCGGUACUACUACAACGUUAAAAGGGCUUGGUUUGCCAUUUUUGGCUUUCCUUGACUUCAUCCACCUACAAGUAUUAUUGCUAGCAUGUUAUUGAAACAAUUUCUUUCCCUAGCAAUAAUUUAAUUGUUGAUUAAUUGUUGGCAAUCAAUGCAAUUUAAUUUAACAACCUUUUUUACAUUCCAAAUGUGUUGCGCUUCGUAGCUACUACAGUCUGCAAAAAGUAAGGCGAAAUCCUCAAAGCGUAAAACAAAUUACGUACAGUAUUUAAUCACACGCAUAAUGUUGUUCUACAAAAGGGAUAAAAUACACCAAUUCGUGUUAAUUUGUUUGACAGUGUGUGAAACUUAUGAAAACACGUUUUUAAUAUUAGGUAGAGGUUAAUCUUUUAAUUGGCACACCUCGUGGACAGGCGUGAAAGAAUAUAUUGUUUUUUUCUGUUCUGUUGAAUUGCUUAUAUCUAGUGGAAACGAUUCGAUAAUAAGGACACAUAAUACAAGAGUACGUUCGAUUUCAUUCACAACCGAUCAUAAAUUCACCACCGGAAAGGAGUACAACACAACAACAGUAACGCGUAUGUUACAAAUUCACCACGAAAAACACCACAGACAGUUGUGGAAAAAGCAACAGCAUACAGAAACAAAUUACACAUACAGAAGAAAACCCGUUUUAGCUCCGCCUCUAGUUUUAACUUUUCCGUUUCCGUUUUUGUUCCAUAUCCUUUUCGCUUGUGUAGUGGUUCUGUUGUUUUUUUUUGUUCUUUUUCGUACACAAAUUGCAAAUCAAAUCCAACGUAGAUGCAAUCGCACCGAUGCACUCUCAUAUGCAAGCAAUACAUAGUUGAGCACACACGCGGCUUGUACCGUCGUGUUGGUACAUGAUCCCAUGUGGAAUCGAACCGUGUACCAGCCGUAGUAGAUAGAGUUAGUCUACGUUCGGGACGGAAGGCUCAUCUUCACGGGAAGUGCGCCAUGAUCAUCAAAACCAUACCGUCGAAGUGUGCUCCUUGGCUGGCUUUUGGAACAAAAAAAAAAACAAGUGUUGAAUGAAUUCUGCAUCUGGCGCGUGCUGAUGAUCCACGCUGGACAGUGCACACAGCAAUGAUCAAAUCGCAGAGGGUAGCCAACGAGCUCAAUCCAAUCCUGAAGUUGGGCUAGCCGCCCGUUAAACGGGUCACGGACACGAAUAGUCGCAACCACCAAGGGUUUAGCCCGCUCACAUCGUUAUCACCCAGCCCGUUCGUAGUGUUAGCACCAGCACCAUUUGGAGCACCGUAGUAAAGUUUUGAAUGAAAUGUUCACAAUUAUCAAACUAAUGUGGUAAGAGCCCGUAAGGACGGAAUUAUACGCGUACCAAACUGAACGCGCAAAUUGCAUAGUUAGCACGUAGGAGACCGAAUCCAGAACGCAAAACCACAUUCUACAUUCGAGUAUCAAGCGUAUAUGUUUCAGAUCGUGAAGGUCACCAACCAAACCAACCGCUUCUGGAUGGCAAAUGGGGAAGGGGGGGGUGGCCGAUCGGGGUUGAUCAAAACCUCGUGCGAACCCUUUAUCACAACGUUCGUGCGAUGCAUCACAGUCUGAUCGUCAUAAGGAUGCGGCCUUUGGAGAGACAGCAUGGAAACUCAACGAUCUUUUGUUGAACACCGCACAUGGGUACACACUUUGGGCUAUUUCCAUCAGCGUGGACAUAGAGUUGGGUGGCACCGUUCGAAACAACGAAUCUCUUAAGUCAAUUGAAUGCCUCCCAAUGGUCUGAAGGGAGGAUAGAGCAAAGCAUACAAAUGUUAGUAGAAAAAAAAACUAAACAGACAAAUUCUUGGAAUGGAGUCUACUAGUUGUGUAGAACACGAGUUAUCCGUGGAUCCAGCAUUUCAUAAGUCUCCCCAAAGUUCGAAAAAACACAUCUGUUAGGUAUCGUACGGUCUACAUGUUUCGUUACGGUUUACAGCUAUGUUCUAUAGAUUUGGUUUAGUUCCAUUAAAUUAAUACUUCCCUUUGGACUACAACAAUCUUCCAAAAAUUAAGUUUCCGUGGGGACAGGGGUGGACCAUUUCGAUUCAUACGAGGUUCAGUGUACGUUAGACAAAUAAGAGCAGACAAUUUAUUAUCUAGAGGCAGCUAGCUAAAAAUGUCAAUCAAUCAAAUCCACUUACAGUCUAGAUGUAAACGUUUGAGGAGAUAGAUAAACAAAAACUUUCCUGCGCAUCGCAGAAUCCACGCGAGAAGGAACGCAAGACUCUACUCUAGAACAAAUGAUCGAAUGCACAAUAAGCAACUAAUAUCCCUGCGUUGACUUUCUCUCUUAGUAAAACAAUAACAAAAUCCUUACCCCGAUGUCUACCGUCUAUAUAUUAGUCACGCUCACACGUACCACUUCUCCGAAUAUCCAAUGCUGCGGAGAUAUAGUUAUCAUUUCAUACAGAACUUGCUGGCAAUACUUUUAGCAUUGUGGUAUAAGAAAGGACAAAGGCAAAGAUACAUAAAAGGACAGAAAGUGAACAAUACAAUUACAACCUCGUGUAACGAGCGAAGUACGCAAAGCAAAUAGCCAAUCGGGUUCGUUGCAGAAAUGCAUUACCAGCAACAACUAAGCUCGCAAAUAAGAGGAUUUCUGUAAAAUCAUCUAUGUUAUCACAAAAUUCCUUUUUCAUUCCAAUGCUAACACCAUCGUUGAAUUAUUGAUGUCGACAACAACAACAACAACAGCUAGAACAUGUACGAACCAGCAUUCACAAGUACGAGCAAAACGAAUAAAAGUGUUUGUUCAAUGGAUUCGACGAUAAAGAAGUAUGGGAAUGGACAAAAAUAUAAAACUAUAAAACCAAAACAAGUCUAAAACCAAAACAAACUGCUCAUGCUAUGAGAUGUUAAUUGUUGAAAAAGUUAAAUAAAAAUGUACUGAUAAAAUCGA